AUGGUGCUGUUGGCAGCAGCGGUCUGUACAAAAGCAGGAAAAGCUAUUGUUUCUCGACAGUUUGUAGAGAUGACUCGAACUCGGAUUGAGGGCUUGUUAGCAGCUUUUCCAAAGCUCAUGAACACUGGAAAACAACAUACAUUUGUGGAAACAGAGAGUGUCAGAUAUGUUUACCAGCCUAUGGAGAAAUUGUACAUGGUACUGAUCACUACCAAAAACAGCAACAUCUUAGAAGAUCUGGAGACCCUAAGGCUCUUCUCAAGAGUGAUUCCUGAAUAUUGCCGAGCCUUAGAAGAGAACGAAAUAUCUGAACACUGUUUUGAUUUGAUUUUUGCAUUUGAUGAAAUUGUUGCCUUGGGAUACCGGGAGAAUGUUAACCUGGCACAGAUCAGAACCUUCACAGAAAUGGAUUCCCAUGAGGAGAAGGUGUUCAGAGCAGUCAGAGAGACUCAAGAGCGUGAAGCCAAGGCUGAGAUGCGGCGUAAAGCAAAAGAAUUACAGCAGGCCCGAAGAGAUGCAGAGAGACAGGGCAAAAAAGCACCAGGAUUUGGGGGCUUUGGAAGCUCCACAGUGUCUGGAGGCAGCACGACUUCCAUGAUCACAGAGACCAUCAUUGAAACUGAUAAACCAAAAGUGGCACCUGCACCAGCCAGACCUUCAGGCCCUAGCAAGGCUCUGAAACUGGGAGCCAAAGGAAAGGAAGUAGAUAACUUCGUUGACAAAUUGAAAUCUGAAGGUGAAAAUAUCAUAUCCUCCAAUAUGGUCAAGCGUACCUCUGAAGCAUCCAAAGUGCAUGCUCCACCCAUUAAUAUGGAGAGUGUGCAUAUGAAGAUUGAGGAAAAGAUCACAUUAACCUGUGGCCGAGAUGGAGGAUUACAGAACAUGGAGCUGCACGGCAUGAUCAUGCUUAGGAUCUCAGAUGAUAAGUUUGGCCGAAUUCGUCUUCAUGUGGAAAAUGAAGACAAGAAAGGAGUACAGCUACAGACCCAUCCAAAUGUGGAUAAAAAACUUUUCACUGCAGAAUCUCUAAUUGGUUUGAAGAAUCCAGAGAAAUCAUUUCCAGUCAACAGUGAUGUAGGGGUGCUAAAGUGGAGACUACAGACCACAGAGGAAUCUUUUAUUCCACUGACAAUUAAUUGCUGGCCCUCAGAAAGUGGAAAUGGUUGUGAUGUCAACAUAGAAUAUGAGCUACAAGAAGAUAAUUUAGAACUGAAUGAUGUGGUUAUCACCAUUCCACUCCCAUCUGGUGUUGGCGCUCCAGUGAUUGGUGAGAUUGAUGGCGAGUAUCGACAUGACAGUCGACGAAAUACCUUGGAGUGGUGCCUGCCAGUGAUUGAUGCCAAAAAUAAGAGUGGCAGCCUUGAGUUCAGCAUUGCUGGGCAGCCCAAUGACUUCUUCCCUGUUCAAGUCUCCUUCAUCUCCAAAAAAAAUUACUGUAACAUACAGGUUACCAAAGUGACCCAGGUAGAUGGAAACAGCCCUGUAAGGUUUUCCACAGAGACCACUUUCCUAGUGGAUAAGUAUGAAAUUCUGUAA